AUGAUGUUCGGUGCUCAUCAAUUGCAAAAUCCAAUGCAACCGUUUACGCCACCAAAUUUAGCCUUUUCAAGUAGUAACGGCGGAUGUGGCGAUUAUUUCCAUUUGCAUUUAAAUAAUCAAACCGAUCAAAUUCCCCAACAAAACAUACAACAACAGCAACAGCAGCAACAACAACAACCGUUCGUCUCCCAAUAUUCCGCCGGUGGUACAUCAUCGCAAACCACUGAUAUGUUAGCUAAUCAUAAUCAUAACGUGAUUAGCUAUCAACCACAGUUGGAAGCACCAUCAUCAUUGAUAACACCAGCAUUGGAUUAUGCAGUAAGUGGUGAUAAUUUGGAAUAUAUGUUAAGCAAUUACUCGUCCACGAUCUCAUCUGCUGCUUCGGUUGCAUCAACGGGAAAUGAGGUACGGUCAAGUGUUGCGGAACAUUUACAACAGCAACAGUAUACGGGACAAACUGCUGGUAAUAAUACAUUACGAACCGAUGAUGUAGUUGUUGCUAAUGUUGCUACCGCUAGUAAUACAGGCAAAGAGGUACCACAGGUAUCAUGGUAA